AGAAGCCGGUUCCUAGUUCUGGUCGGCGGCCGACAGACAAGUGGCAACUCCCUGGCGAUGUCAAGUUUGGUAAGUCGGAUCAAGUGUGAAACCUGGGAAAGGUACCCGCAUAUGACUGCUGAUCUGGAAAGAUCAUUUCUUGUUCAAGUAAUGAUGGCGUUUAAGCAGACACCGAAAAAGGAUUGGUACAGUAUUCUGGGAGCAGACCCAUCUGCAGAUGUGGCUGACCUAAAACAAAAAUAUCAAAAACUUGUAUUAAUGUAUCAUCCAGAUAAACAAAGUACAGAUGUGCCAGCAGGAAUGUUGGAGGAAUAUAUACAGAAGUUCAUCGAAAUUGAUCAGGCAUGGAAAAUUCUAGGGAAUGAAGAGACAAAAAAAGAGUAUGACCUGCAGCGGCAUGAUGAUGAGCUACAAAAUAUGGGACCAGUAGAUGCUAAAGUAUAUCUUGAAGAAAUGUCUUGGAAUGAAGAGGCUGAAAUGAAAAGAUGGUGAAAUCAAGGCUAUCUGGACAACACAGUGAAAUUCUGUCUCAAAAAAAGGGGAGGAGAAUCUUUUGGACAACAAAAUUUCAAGAUCAUCCACUUAUCCAUAUAUCAGAAGAAUUAUAACACCCCAGCUUCAUGGAGACAGAAGUUCUGUAUUCAAGACCCUUACCCUAUGUAUCUUCAUCUGUCUAUGCAGCUGUAUUUUUAAUAAAAUAUCUU